AUGGCUCUAGGUUUUAUAGAAUCAUCAAGUGGGAGUAAAUCCAUGGAAGAUACAGGAAAGGAAUAUUUCAAGGAAUUAUGUUGGAGGUUUUUUUUUGAAAAUUCUAGUGAGGAGUGUAACUUCGACAGUGAUGUUAAUAUGCAUGAUGUGAUGCGUGAUCUUACCAUUAAUGUAGCUGGAAAGAAAUAUGUACAUGAAAGUUUCAAUUGUGAUUAUGUUUUCAGAGAAAAAACUCGUCAUGUUUCAUUUGGCUAUGAAAUAAAAUCAUGGUCGAAUGUUUUAUUCAAAUUACACAAGGCAAAAGGAUUAAGAACGUUCCAGUUGUUCUCGUCUAAUUAUAGACUUGGAAUGUAUGGGCCCAUGAUCAAUGAAGCUGUCAUGGAUGAACUAUUUUCUAGUUUUCCACGUUUGCGAGUACUGGGUCUCAAUAACUCAAAUAUUCAUGUGGUGCCGAAUUCUAUAAGAAAGCUCAGACAUCUUCGAUAUCUAGAUAUCUCUGAAAAUUAUAUGGCAUCACUUCCAAAUUCUAUCACUAAAUUGCAAAAUUUGCAAACACUAAAUCUGAUGAACUGUUAUAGACUAUCACAACUGCCCAGGAACACCAGCAAUCUUGUUAAUCUUAGACAUCUUGGUUUAAUGGGUGCAUAUAGACUAACCCAUAUGCCAAAAGGGAUGGUGAAGUUGAGUUGUCUACAGACAGUAAGUUAUCUUGUGUUGGACUGCGAAAGGUCCAAUAUGGUAAGCGAAUUGAAUGUGCUGAACUAUAUAAAUGGAGAGUUAAAAAUCAUAGGUUUAGAGCAGUUGAGGCGUACUCCAUCUAAAGCCAGCUUAAUAAACCUGAAAGACAAAAAAGGUUUGCAAGGUUUGAGACUUAAUUGGAAGCCGAGCUGGGAUGAUAAGGAAUACGAAGCUAAGGGUGAUGAAACAGUAAUUGAAGGCCUACAACCACAUCCGAACGUUGAACUCUUGAUCAUUCGAGGAUACGAUGGAGUAGGAUUACCCAAUUGGGUAUCUACCUCGCUCUCCAAUUUAACUGAGAUUGGAAUUGGCAAAUGCCAAAGAUUGCAAUAUCUACCUCAGUUGGGCAAUCUUCAGGCUUUAAAAGUUCUAUACUUAGGGGACAUGAGAUCUCUCAAGUUCAUACACAAGAAUGAACCAUGCUCAUGCUCAUCACGCUCCUUCCCAUCUCUCGAGAGUCUAAGUUUGAAGGAAAUGCAUAAUUUGGAAGGAUGGUGGGAAAUAGAAGAGACUCUUCCAAUUUUUCCUCGGCUACUUUCAUUCAAGAUCGACGGCUGUCCCAAGUUAAGUUCCAUGCCAAAGAUUGCUUCUACUGGAGUGGAUGUUAGUUUAUGCGAUGUUGGUGUUCAGUUGGUAAAUACAAUAGGCCCGUUGAAGAGUUUUAAGAGAUUAAAACUCCAAGAAAUUAGGGAUCUCGUUUAUCUAGAAAUGGGAUCUCGGCAAAACAUCGAUUGGCCUAUACAAAACUUCAAGAUCUGA